AUGGAUGUCCUGUCUCAGCGAAACGAAAAUGUCGGCUCAGGCGAUGCAGUUACCGAAACAAAGAGGCCUAGGCUUGAUGCUGAUGACCAGCUGCUCACCAUCCGUUUUGUAAAACUGAGUCCUGAUGCUCAAGCACCGGUUUAUGGUUCUGCUGCUGCAGCUGGAGCAGAUCUUUUCAGUGCAGAGGAUUGUGUUGUACCGGCGCAUGGUAACACGAUGCCGGUAAUGUUGGGAAUAAGCGAGACCCUUUGUAACCGUCCGAUUUAUGAAGUUGGUGGAAUCCCCCUAUUCUCCGAGAAUUAUACUCACCCUCUUUUCAAAAACAGUCACUACGACUCCAUCAUCACCAUUUCAAGAGCUCAGACCUUUUCAAAAAUGAGCCACGCUAUCCAUUCAGGUGCCACCACCGAGGCGAGAAACCAGUGGAGUAAGAUUGUUUCCUCUUUUUCAGGUAAGUUCUGCGUCUCGACCGGUCUGCAGGUUGAGCUUCCAUUCGGCUAUUACGGACGUGUUGCGCCACGAUCCGGUUUAGCGGCUAAAAAUUUCAUCGAUGUCGGUGCUGGCGUUGUAGACAGUGACUACCGAGGAGAGCUGAAAGUUUUGCUUUUCAAUUUCGGACCAUCCGACUUUGAGGUACGCGGCAGGCUGAGCUGUUUAUGUUCAUUUGUAAAAAAGGGAGACCGAAUUGCUCAGUUUAUUUGUGAGCGUAUUGCUCACUGCAAGUACGAGGAAUGUACCACUUUGACUGACACCGUCCGAGGUGAAGGUGGAUUUGGUUCCACUGGAAAGUAA